AACGCUCUUUCGAUUUCUACUUGGGCCAUCCACUUCUCCUCCGUCUUUGAGUAUUUGUUCGCCAUGAACUUAGUUUGGAAGUUUGCCGAAACGACCGGCAACGAACGCUGGAAGGGACUAACGUGGGGCAUGCUGCCCUUGCACGCGUCGGGUAUUUGCGCCUGCACGUACCACUUCUUUUACAACCCCGCUGCACUCCAGUUCCUCGUCACGUCGCAGGCCGGCUUGACUCUGCUGGGCAACAUUACCUGUAUGAUUGCCGCCUUUCGCAUUGCCCAA